AUGAGUUUCAGCCGCAGCGGGGGGCUCACUGCCCGCAACUUCAGGCCUUGUCUACCCCAGAAUCGCCUCCGCAUUCGCUCCACCCUACCUCCGCUCUUGUCCCGGAAAUUCCACGCCAGCUCUCUGUUAUGGGGAAUUAAAUCACAAAUCCUCAAGGAUGUCGGCGAGGGCAUUACCGAGGUCCAGAUCAUUCAAUGGUACGUGGAAGAGGGGGCUCAUGUUGAGGAAUGGAAGCCUUUGUGCCAAUAUCAGUCGGAUAAAGCUGUUGAUGAUAUUACUUCGAGAUAUGAGGGCGUUGUCAAAAAACUCCACUUCGAGACAGAUGAUACAGUGCCUACGGGAAGGGCACUUUGCGACAUCGAAGUUGCGGAUGGGAAAUACCCCGAUGAUAACCCGCCGCACGAAUCAAGGGCAGCGCCGUCUGAAUCUACUCCAGCCUCUGAGACCAUACCUGUAAUCCAGGCAGCCGAGUCCUCUCUAACACCUCCACCUUCUAUCAAAGUUCUAGAUGAGACACCCAAGACAAAGCAUGCAUCCCUUGCAGUACCCGCCGUACGCGGGCUGUUGAAGAGCCACGGCGUGAACAUCCUCGAAAUCAACGGAACCGGCAAAGACGGGCGGGUAAUGAAAGAAGACGUGCUGCAUUUUGUAGCAAAUAAAGAUUCUCAAGUUCCAACCUUAGUGCCUGCCCCCGUGUCCGCGUCACCAGACACACGACAAGCAGAGUCAAUUGUCAACCUGACCCCGAUCCAAUCCCAGAUGUUCAAGACAAUGACCAAAUCCCUGAGCACCCCACAUUUCUUAUAUGCGGACGAACUCAAAGUCAACGAUAUCACUGCGAUCCGCAAGAAACUCGCCAGCGAUAAACGCAAUCCUACCAAAAUCACCUUCCUUCCCUUCGUCGUCAAGGCGGUCUCACAAGCUUUGACCGAGUUCCCAAUCCUUAACUCGAGACUCGAUACCACAGACCCCACAAAGCCAAAACUAGUCAUGCGCACCAAGCACAAUAUCGGAAUUGCUAUGGAUACGCCGAGUGGCCUGAUUGUUCCGAACAUCAAGGAUGUUGCCGGCCGCUCGAUCUACGACAUUGCCGCCGAGAUCGCGCGGCUGAGUGCCCUUGGUGAUGCCGGCAAGUUGACGCCCGCUGAUCUUAGUGGUGGCACUAUCACCGUGUCAAAUAUUGGCAAUAUCGGGGGCACCUAUGUAGCUCCGGUGAUUUUGCCGACGGAGGUAGCCAUUCUUGGCGUGGGUAGGUCUAGAGCGGUACCGGUCUUUAAUGAGGAUGGACAGGUUACACGCGGGAAUAUGGUUAACUUCAGUUGGAGCGCGGACCACCGGGUCAUUGACGGUGCGACAAUGGCGAGGAUGGGUAACAGAGUCAAGGACCUAAUUGAGUCGCCCGAGCUUAUGCUUUUAAAUCUUAGGUGA